GAGGCUUUCAUAAACUGGAUAAUAUGGCUGCUGCAGGAAGUUGGUGUUUACACUUUAUUCUAGGACUUUUCUGUUUCUUUCUUCAUAUUAACCCCUCUCUGACUUUUUCACUAAAAAACUGUGUAAUACUUUAUCAGGCAAACCCCUCCUCUGGUGUUUCUGUGGACUGCACUAACGGAAAACUUGAGACUCUUCCUGAAAAAAUCCCAAAAGACGCUGUUUCAAUAGAAUUCCGAGGUAAUCUGCUUCAGAAAAUUAAAGAGGAAUUCCAUUACAUGUAUAGGUUGAAAUACCUGGGUCUGCAGAAUAAUGUCAUUAGUUACGUGGAUGAUGGAUCUUUUAUUGAUUUGGUUUCUUUGAAAACGCUUAUCAUGAGACAUAAUGAGCUCUUCUCCCUGACAAGAAACAUGUUUCAGGGCUUGUCUAAUAUCAUGAUUCUUGAUCUAAGUUAUAAUGGUAUUGGAUUUAUCCACAACUCAACUUUCCAGUUCCUUACAAGCUUAAAAUAUUUGGAUUUAGAUCACAAUAUGCUCAAAAACAUUGCUUACAUUCGGCCCCUGAUUCAACUACCACAAAUACAGACCCUCAGUCUUAGAUGUAAUGACCUGUCUUCCUUUGAAACCAAAAUGUUGCUGCUAAAUGAAACCUCCAAUUUAGAACAGCUUAUUAUUUCUGGUCAGUACCUGAAAAAGUUCAGCAUCACAACACCAAUCUUUCCUUACCUUCAGAUGAUAGAUCUAUCACAUUGUGGGAUUGGAUUGAAUGAGCUAAAAUGGGAAAUAUCUGACAAAAUGUUACUGGAGAAUGUAACACAACUUUUUGUUGAGGAGGGUGUGCUUUCCUUCAAAGACAUGCUAAAAGUCCUAAAAAAUCUGAUCUCAUUGAGACAUCUGAGAAUUAAUAUGGUAUUUGAAUGGAUAAGGGAAGGAUUGUUCCCCUCUGGCUGCAAACUGAAAUCACUGAGGAGGCUCGAUUUGUUCCAGAACAGUCUGGAAGACCUGACUUUAAAACUUGGGCCAUGCUCUCAGCUUACAGAGCUUUACCUGCAGGAAACUAAAUUAAAGGAACUGCCAGAAGGCACUAUACAUUCUUUGAAAAUGCUGAUGGUCUUAAAAUUAAGCAGCAUUAACCUCAACAGGGUUUCAUAUGACAUUAGGAGCCUGACAUUCCUUAGAAUCUUGCACUUGGAUAACAAUUACAUCUCAAAGUUGAACUGUGAGGAUUUUGAGAACACAACACGUCUUACAGAGCUUAAUCUGAACACAAACCAAAUUGCAAAUCUGGAUAAAUGUGUCUUUGAGCAUCUUGCUGAACUAAAACAUUUAGAUCUGAGUUAUAAUGAACUGCGGUCAUUUGGAGAUACAUUUAAAGUUUCCCUGCAUAAGCUUGAGUUUUUGGACAUUAGUGAAAAUGACAUAAAUGCACUAGAGGAAAAUUCUUUUGAAGGUUUACGGUCCUUAAGACAUUUAAAGAUGGCAUCUGAUAAUGUACUAUUAAUGCAAAAUAACACAUUUCCUGAAAUGAGAAACCUGGAGGACCUAAAUGUAUCAUUUCCAUUGGGGCACAAACCUGACCUCCAAGGACUGCAGCACUUGGAAAACCUUACUGCUUACUUUGGAAAAGGGUUUACUUUUAGAGAUGCUUAUCCAAAUAAAAAUGGCAAUAUAAAGAAUCUAACAUUGUUAAAACGUCUUACAGUGACUAGCAGCCAAUAUUACAGCACUUACCUCAAAGAAGCUAUGAAAAUGCUACACACAAUGACUUAUUUGGAAAUAUUCAAGGCUGUUAAUGUCUAUCAGCAAGCUCCAGAUGUUGAUACAUUUCAAUUCAACCCCCAGCUCAAAAGUCUGACAUUAUCAAACACCGAUAUGUCUGAUUUGAAACCUGAGCUUCUUCGACCAAUCCAAAAACUGCAGAGCUUAGAUCUUUCUUACUCGAAGCUGAAGUCUCUAAAUUUUCUGGCGCAUGCUAAUCUUUCUGCACUCAGAUAUCUGAAACUGACCGACAAUGAGAUUCUUACAAUCAAUGAGACUUUCUUCACUUCUCUAACCUCUCUAACAUACUUGGACUUGAGCAAUAACCAGUUCACCUGUGACUGCUCAAAUGCACUUUUUAUUAUAUGGGUAAAGGACAACAAGCAAACACAGGUAGUAAAUGCUCAUCAGUAUGAAUGCUCCUUUCCUCCAAAUAAACAAGGCACAUUGUUGCUAGAUUUUCAGGUUCAAUCGUGCUGGGAGGAACCCGGCUUUUUCUGCUUCAUCUUCAGCACUUGUCUCGUUGUUCUAACUCUCCUUGCAUCCUUGCUCUACCGCUUCCUGAGGCAGCGACUGAUCUACACAUUUCAACGCUUCCUGGCCUUCCUCUACGACACCAGGAAGAGAACGAAUAGAGACUCUUAUCAAUACGAUGCCUUUGUGUCUUACAAUGCUCACAAUGAGGAAUGGGUUUACAAAGAGAUGCUUCCGGUGUUGGAGGGAGAGCAGGGCUGGAAACUUUGCCUACAUCACAGAGACUUCCAACCAGGUAAACCUAUCAUAGAAAACAUCACAGAUGCAAUCUAUGGCAGCAGGAAGACCAUCUGUGUGAUCAGCCGCCACUACCUCAAGAGUGAAUGGUGCUCAAGUGAGAUUCAAAUGGCAAGUUUUCGACUGUUUGAUGAGCAGAAGAAUGUGCUGAUCCUGCUGUUUUUGGAGGACAUCCCUUCUAAUCAUCUGUCUCUGUAUUAUGGUGUGAGACAGCUGGUAAAGAAAUGCACCUACCUAAGCUGGCCUAAGACUGUGCAGCACCCAGGAGUCUUCUGGCAGAACGUCAUGAGAGCGCUGCAAGCAGGGGACAGGGUUACCUAGGGCUCAGAUUUGCUGCGUAGACCGACGAUUUGCUAAGAACAGCAGCAAACCUGAAAGGUUAUUAAAAGCCAAUCGUAAUAGUUUGCAGCAAAAAAAAAAAA